UUAUGGCUACGGAAACUGAAAAACGAUCCUCCAGCAUAAUGCAAUCAGGUGACUCCACGACCUAUGCAGUUCCAAGCAGCGGAGACUACAUGCCUCUUAAUCCAUCAACACGGAACUGGGAAAUUAACCGAGAACAGGUCAAAAUUGUAAAAGUAAUUGGCAAAGGAGCUUUUUCUCAAGUUGCCAAGGCAACAGUAUGGAACAUAAGCAAUAACGAGGAAUACUCAAAGUUUGCUAUCAAAAUGUUGAAAGUGAAUGCUCCGGAUUCAGACAGAAAAGACUUGCUGUCAGAACUUGAGGUGAUGAAAAAACUGAAGCCUCAUCCU